CUGUGACAGUUUUGAUUGUGGUUCUGUAUUAUUAAUGUCCUUUUGUGAUUUAUUGGGAUAUUUUUAGAUACCCAGUACUGUUAGCAUAACUUGCUUUUCACACGAGGGCUUGAAAACCUCAGAUACCCUUGUGCUCACCAGUGGGAGUUUGUGCUGUACCACGUUAAACUUUGCCAGCAUGCACACAUGCGCGCGUGCGCACACACACGCACACACGACUGCAGUGACAACCUACGCAUAAACGGCACGUCGACUACAUAGCUACAUACUAGCUAAAUUGUGCUUUGUGAUUAACCUGCUUUCCACUGGUGUUUAGGAAGAACACCCUUUUCUUUGUCAAAGUGGUAUGAUCCACACCCGGCUGUAAUUUUCCACUCUGUUUGCGCAGUGGUGGGGGAGGGGAUCGAUUUCCACCUUUAAACUAUGAGAUCUUUGAGUAUUUCUUGCUAUAUAUGAUAUUUUACAAAACCUUUACACAGAGACUAAUUGGUCUUGCAAUUAAAAAAAGAAUUUAAUAAUUUCUUGUAGGUAUUCGAAUGUAAUUUUGUUUACUUGAUGUUUCUAAAUGCUGUAGUGUUUGCUGGGAACUUAAUACUUUCCCUGUCAUGCAGAAGAAUGUGCUUUGGUACUCCUUUUGUGUCUGACUUCAUGUCUAAGAGAAAUUGGAUCACUGGUUUGGUCACACUAUUUGUGCUUAUACUGGCUAGCUAUUAAACAGGGCAAAUUUUUUUCAUUAUUAUUUAAUCUGUUUUGUUUUUAAUCAAUGGUUCAUUGUUAGUGUCAAAUUUUUACAGGCUUAUAGCUGGUUAAAGAAUGACCGGACAAUGUUUCUGUGCUCCCUCUUGCUAUGUAUUUGAGUUGUCUUUCAUCACCUCUCUUAAUUGGCAAAAUGGUACAGUCUGCAUGUUACUGGAACCUUCUGCAGCUGCUGUUUGUGCACUGUUGUAGCAUUGGGGGGAGGGGCUGUAGCUUUGUAAGCUUUUUAUUUUUAUUGUAAAAUUAUGCUGUCUUAUUUUAAAAAAUAAAAAUUCUUCAGUCUAAUGUGAACUUUGAAGAAUGGAGUCAGUUAGAAAUUUACAUCUGUAUUUCUGACCGUUUAAGUCUAUGACCUUGGCCACCCAAUUUUAAUUAUACCUGAAGGGGGGAAACAACAAAUUUGAGAGUCCAAGCUUCCUGAUCUAUAAACAAACACUACACCUUAUACUAUCUAGUGCUUUUCUUAACUAUACAUCCUGCUCCGAGCCAGAGACACUAGCAGCAGUGUUUGUGGUGUUUUCUUUUAUAGGUGCAAGACGUUAGCCAAGUUCAAGUUUCGUCCUGUGAUUUCUCGCACAAGUGUCUCUCACCAUUGUCUGAGGAUCACAUGAUUAACUUGUACACAUACAUUCUAUAGUGUUACUAGCUUGGGUGUGGUAUGCUACUGAAAAAGAGGCUUAUGGAAUCAUAUGUAUUCAUAAGUAAAUUUAAAAAAUUUUUUUGUCCAUCCAAAUGGUUUUCCUCCUCAUUAAUUGUCAGGUCUCUUGCCAGAGGGUUUGCUUGUACUUGCUUGUAAAAAUUUGGCUUUAUUUAUUUAACUAAUGACAGAUAGUCAGGUUAGGUUAAGUGAUGGAUUUUGCUAGCUAUUUGGUUAUUCUGCUGGUGGAAGCAAAAGAUGAAUAAUGUGCCUUUUUUUUAGACUUCAGCUAACUCCUUGAACAAAAAUAACAUUUUCUUUUCCUUUGUCUUUAAGUAUUUUAACUCUGACCAGUAAGUCAUUCUUACUCAGAAUACACAAUUUACCUGAUUAUCAUAAAAUAAGCAAGUAAUGAACAAAGAAAAAGGGUGUGGAGAGCAAUGCUCUGGCAGCCAUUUUGAGCCUGUACAGCAGAGCGAGUCUAGCUGUACUCGUAGAGAGGUGGAGUGCAAACAUUAAGCACAAUGAACAACCUUGUAAUGGGGACUAUGCUAAAAGCUAGCAGCCUUUGUUUUUAUUUUUCUCCAUACAAAUUUUGGGGUUCAGAUUAAGGGGCAGAUCUAGUACACUUAGUUUUAAUUCCUCUUUUGUAACAAACCCUGUUCCCUUUUUUUUUGGUGCCUUGUGCGCCUCAGAAUAAAUGGGAGAUUCAGGGACUAUUUCUCUGUGAUUUUUAGAUCAGUGAUUUAAGAAAAUGUGUUAUUUGGUAUUCAAAAUUUGUGCGAAUUUGCAGAUUAACCCCUCUUGCUUGUGGUAACUGAUCUACCUUGGGUUACAACGUUCAGUAUCGUUCAGAAAGCCCUCUAUGCAAAUGUAUGGUUCUGCUUGCACAAAAUAGCAAAUGCCUAUCAUGACAAUUGUGUACCAAUAUUUGUAGUUCAGGCUGUUCAUUCCAGAAAUCCCAUGUCUGUAAAUGGGUGGGGAAAUAAUUAGUCUGACAGCCACUCUGCUUAAAUGGUAUAUGUGGGAAAACGUUCAUACCUGUUGUCAUGGUCACUAGCGAUUUCAUCAUGUUGGUGAAAUCUGAACAGUUUGUCUGGAAGUGAGAUGUGCUGUGCAUGUGGCUUAUGAGGAAUUGUUUCUAUAUUUAGGGAGUAGAAUAUGCGCAAUAGCAGAACUGCAGCAGCAAUGCAACGGCUAGUCCAAGCAUGCAGACAGUGGAAAAACUGCAUGAGCUACAGUAAUGAUGCGCUCAUAGGGUUCUCGUGAUUUUAGCUCCCUGUGCGUGUUAAGAACUAAUAGAAGUAAGCAGCACUGACAGGAUUUAAAAUGGCUGAUACAGAAACAGCUAGUCUUUUAAAGAAAAAAAUUGUCAUGCUCAGACAUAAAAAGCCAUUUUAAUUGAUCAAAUCCCUACUUGUGCAAAAAUUCAGACCUCAAUAAUUGUGAAUCUCCUGUGACAAAGGAUUUUGUAAUUCAGUUCUGGUCACCAUGUAUUAAAAUGGUUAUACCUCAUGAUUUAUACAUUUAUUAUGGCGUCUAAGCUUAAAUGGAGCAGAAGAUAUUCUGUAUCUUAAUGCUAGUUAGCUGUAGGUCCACUGUACGUACAACACUCACAACAUUAUGGUGAUUACAGUCAGGAAUAUUAGUGCCAUGACUGAGCUCUCGAUGUUAAGCCUGUCUUGGAUCACGAGGGCUGGGGACUAGAGACGUACGUCAGAAGUAGCCAGUCCUGGUUCCUGUAAAAUUGUGUGGGCAAAUCCUUCCAUGAACAGGGACGUACAGAGGAGCACAGCGAUAAGUUUAACCAGGUGAGAAAAUGGAAGUUGCUGUUCCAGAAGAGCCUCAAAAGAAGAUUUUCCGUGCUCGAAAAACCAUGAAGAUGAGUGACCGUCAGCAGCUGGAGGUGCUGCACAACACCUUGGUGACUGCACAUCCAAACUCCUCGUCACAGCCCCAGACACCACUGGUGAAUGGAACGCACGGGGAGGAUGGACAGAAGGGGAAAGAGAAGGACAAGGAGACUGGGACAAAGUCUCCUACCUCACCCUUGGCAGGUUCUUCCCCUGUACCAUCACGCACACUCUCUCGAUCGCCUUCUCCAGCUGAUAGUGAAAAUCGAAACCCUUCACCUUCUCUGAAGAGAGGCUCGGAGAAGGGCAAAGGUGAAGAGAAAAAGGGAGAGAAAGACAGAAGGGAUGAUAAGAAGGCAGAAGAAGACAAAGCUGACAAAACAGAAACCACCAAAUCUACACGCAGCAGUUCUUCGUCAGUGUCUGACAAGAAGACCGAGCAGAACAAGACAUCCACAGGUCAAGUGUUGAACGGUGAGCUGCCCAUGGAUACAGACAGCACAUCCCUUGACAACGGUUCAGCGGAGGAGAAAAGCAGUAAGAGCAUCUCCUCCUCGUCUCCUUCAGGCUCUCCAGCCGCCAGCCUGGAGUGUGACCCGGAAGUGAAAGAGGGCUUUCUCUGCCUCAGUGAGGAAGAUGAGGGUCAGGGAGAGCAAGAUGAGGCAAAAGACAGAAACCAGGAGAAGAUGGAUGUGGAACCUGAGAAAGAGGAGAAGAAAGAGGGAGAGAGAGGGUGUAAUGUGGCAGAUGGCACAGGAACCAGCACUACUUCCGGGAAAAAGAGAUCCUUGUCGCCAGUUGAGGUGAAAGAUGAAUGGAAAGAUGAGGAGAUCAAGGAGGAGCGAGAUGGAAAGAGAGCAAGAGUAGAGGGAGUGCAGCUGGAGGCUCAACUGGAGCUGAAGAUCACAGCCAAUGCAGGGAGCCGUCUGAAACUGGAAAAGGUGGUGCAGCAGUUGGUGGAGGAACGCUUGCGUGUUCUGCAGCUAACUGUGUUUGACCACAGUCUACAAGAACUGAAGGACCGAAUGGAGAAGAUUGAUGUUGCCACCAAACAGCAGAAAACAGUUCAACAUACCCUACAGAGUAAGAUUGCACGACUUACCAAGAAGUUCGGAGCUGCUAACCAGGCAUCAGAGAAUUCCAAAAAAGCUCAAGUGACUGCUGCUAACACUGCUGCUAAGCCUACUCCCACACCCAUGACCACCCCAACAACACAACGCACUGUAAGGACCAUGCUGGACCCUAAGCCUAAUCCUUCUGCAGUAUCAUCCAGUUCUAGUGCUACCCCGACACAGCCCAAACCUCACUCCACUCCAAGUACACCCACCUCCUCAGCACUGGCUGCCCCUGCACCCAUCCUCCAGCUCAUAACCACAACAACAAACUCCACACCCUCCUCCUCCAGCUCUUCUCUGAGUGUCCAGGCCCAGGCAGGCACUCUACUGCUGCAGUCCCGCCCAAACACAGGUGCCAUGACGACUAGCACAGCCACAUCAGCUGGCCAACCAAUGUCUAUACAGCCUUUGCUGAUUCAGCUCCCACUGGCUAUGGCUAAUGGCCAGGGUGGGGCCAUAGCUGGAGGAGUUGGCCUGAUCCCUGUGUCCUCCUUGGCCACAGUUACCAGCCUUAGCAAGGCCAAGACCACAACGGCCACCACUUUUAUCUUGCAGAAAACGGCAGGAAGUGUUACGACUUCCUCCUCGACUGCUCCCACGUCCUUGGCUUCAUCAGCGUCUUCGGCAGUGACACAAAUGCCACCAAGUAGACCAGUGUACCAGGGUAGCGCAGUCACAGCAAAUUCACCUAAUGCUGGCAUCUCUGUGACGACGGCUCGGGCCCCAGCACAGUGUGCCACUGUGGUUGGAAUGGCCACUGCUUCAUCAUCUCCAGCUACCACAGGGCCUGCUGCAACAGGCUCAGCAGCAGCCUCAGCUGGUCCACCAUCAGCAUCCGAAAUGGCGUCUAAAACAGAUAAUCAAGCCAUUCAUUCUGCUUCAGUCAAAUCACCUGCUCAGACUGCUCGUCCCAAGGGCUCAGUGAUCGACCUUACUGAGGAUGAUGAUGAUGUUCAAGUUACUGGUGUGCAGAAGGCUACAACUCCUGCCAAUCCCACUAAUACCCAGCGACCCCCUGGGCCUCCCCCAUCACUAGUGAACUCCACCACUGUUGUUGGUCGCUCUGCAGCACAACAUCGUACCCCAGUGGACUCCCCUACUAAAUCACGCACAAGCUCCUCGACUUCUCUUCCUCCGUUGCCAAUAGCCCCAGCCGCACCAGCACGUCUGCCCCCAGAUGCGGUGCACACAUCUCCUCCUCAACAGCCUCAGCUAAAGCUUGCACGUGUGCAGAGUCAGAAUGGCAUUGUGCUGUCAUGGUGCGUAUCUGAGACUGAGCGAAACUGUGCUCCUGUGGACAGCUACCACCUCUAUGCUUACCACCAGGACCAGCAGAGUGCAUCAGCAGGAUCAUCCACACAGUCGGCCGCACACUCGCUGUGGAAGAAGAUUGGUGAAGUGAAGGCACUGCCACUACCCAUGGCAUGCACACUCACCCAGUUUGUGUCUGGAUCAACGUAUUACUUCGCAGUCAGGGCUAAAGACGUGUACGGCCGCUUUGGGCCGUUCUGCGAGCCACAGUGUACCGAUGUCAUAAACCCACAGACCUAAGUUGAUGUAAUGAAUUCUGUUAGUUAGCAAAGGAAAAAAGCAGAGCACUCUGCAGAAAUAUCCAAACUGUGGGAGAAACUGAACUGCUAAUAAUGCAUCAGACUACUUGUUUAGUUAGGAAAUGUCCACAAAAUUGGGUAGGAUGGUGAAAAAGAUACACAAUACCCUGAAGAAAGAGACAUGCACACUAGUCAAUAAUUUGACGCUAUUUUAAGGAAAAUGGGGGAAACGGCACUGGUCUGAAUCGUGCCACAAACGGUAUUUUCCAUUUGUAAAAUGACUGUACAGUUAAGUGUUAAACAAUAGGUCAGAUAUUUAUACAUUGUGUUUGGUCCGUUCCAAAUUUUUCAUUUCUUCUUCUUCUUUUUUUUUUUAAAGAAUGUUUUUUUUUUUUAAUAAAAAAUACUUUCAACCCAUUGCACAUAUGCUCCAUAAAACAGCAUGGUAUCAAGCAACAUGGAAAGACAAUGGUGGCAUUAAUGCUUUUGUAAUGUUCUGUCUGGUAACCAGACGCCUAAAGAACAACCUUCAAAUAAAGGUGUUUAAAAUGUUUAAAAAUACAACAAACCCUCCUGUUACCCGAGUUUGAUUUUAUCAUUUUAAUUCGAAGGAUUAAUAUGUGAAAGUAUUAAAGAAAAUGUAUAUCCAGUAUGUGUGAGACUAGACCGGGGUCGCUAGACCGUAUGUUUGAAAUCUUUCCAUUGAUAGAAUAAACCAACACGGGUCUUAGAGAAAUUCACCGAUCAAAAAAAGCAUAAGUUUUCUCUGUAGCAGUGAGGAUUUAUGUAUCACUGAAUGGUUUACACGAUUUAAGACCUAGAUGAAAUGUUUUACAACUUAAUUGAGAUGCAGCAAGCUUUAGAUUAUCAGGAUUCCUCAUCAUUGUAAUUUAAUCUUGGUUUCAGUUUUGCAAGGUAAAUCAUGUUACUCCAUUACAUACAUGCUUCCUUGUAUUGCAAAGAAGUCCAAAUACUCACACAGUCGAGCACAGUCACAUCAGCCACUUGUGGGCUUCUGAGAGCCUAACGUAUGUGGAAGAGGGCAGAUAGACAUUUGUAUUUCCGAGAGCGUUAUACAAAAACAAGGGCAGCGAAUGCAAAGUGUUGUUUAACCUAUGCACAGUACUUGUCCAAACUAGCAAUCGGUUACAUACAGAGCUAUUAAUGAGCUCUGAUUUAGACUAAAUCUACACAUGCUCUUAAGAAAACUCCUGGCCAAAAAUUAGACCAUGUGAAUUUACAAUAUGCCAAAAAUAAAAAUGUGGCAUAAGACAAAGGAGCAGUAAAUAUGCACUUUGCUAUGAAAGAACAGCUUGCACAAUCAAGAUCGAUUUAUAGAUUGCAAUUUUUAAGAAGUAGGCUUUCUGUUUAAAGAAAGAUGUAAUUUUGUGAUUUCAGUGUUUGUGCCUCAAGAAUGGAUGAAAAACACUGGUGCACAAAACAAACUUUGUGCGCUGGCAUCAAAACAACAACCACAUGAGAAAGGGGUUUAGUUUGAGUUGCUUCUCAUCUGCUGCACAAUUUUUUUGGGAGUUUAAUGCUAAAAAGAUAUGUGACAACUUGCAAAUUUUUAUUUAGUCAAUAUAGCCUAUAUAGAAAGCAGAAUAAUGCACAAAGUCAAGGCCACUUGAUAUAAACUGAAGGAUGGCAGCCAGGGUAUUUUCUAUAGUUUCUUAUAUACUGCUGUAGUUAUGAUAGAGUGGUAAUUAUAUAUUGUCAGAAUUAUUGUUAUAUUGCAUUUAAAUGGUCAUUAAAUGAUGAAUGAAACCUCUCCUCUUUGUAAGGGUCUCAGGUAAGCCUUCAAUGUCAGGGUAAUUUAGUGGAAGUUAGACAAUGCUCAUAGUUUCUAGAGAAA